AACGAACUGAUGGAUGAAGAUGAGAAGGACAGGGCAAAGAGGGCAUCACGCAACAAAUCUGAAAAGAAGAGGAGAGACCAGUUCAAUGUCCUCAUUAAAGAGCUUUGCACGAUGCUGCAGGGCCACGGGCACCCUCUCAAGAUGGACAAGUCCACCAUACUGCAGAGGACCAUUGACUUCUUACAGAAACAGAAAGAAAUCACAGCACAGACAGAAGCCUGUGAGAUUAGACAAGACUGGAAGCCUUCAUUUCUUAGCAACGAGGAGUUCACCCAGUUGAUGUUAGAGGCACUAGAUGGCUUUCUCAUUGCUCUUACCACUGAUGGGAUUAUUAUUUAUGUAUCUGAUAGUGUUUCAUCUCUGCUUGGACACUUACCGUCAGAUUUGGUGGACCAAAAUAUAUUGAACUUUCUGCCUGAGCGGGAGCAGAGCGAGGUGUACAAGCUCCUUUCUCCACACGUGCUCAUGACAGAGCCUGUUGCAGCUGAUUUUCUGAACGCAGAAAAACAAAUAGAGUUUUGCUGCCAUUUAGCAAGAGGCAGCUUAGAUCCAAAUGAACCUCUGAUGUAUGAAUAUGUGAAAUUUGUAGUGGAUUUUAAAUAUUUUACUCAUGUGCCUACACCCUCCUGUAAUGGCUUUGAGUCAGCUAUUGCACGAGCUUUCAGGUCAGCCACAGAGGAGCAGAUCUGCCUUGUAGCAACUGUCCGUCUCGUCACACCACAGUUCUUAAAGGAGCUCUGCAAUGUUGAAGAGCCGUGUGAAGAAUUUACAUCAAGGCAUAGUUUGGAAUGGAAGUUUUUAUUCUUGGAUCACAGGGCUCCACCUAUUAUAGGAUAUUUACCCUUUGAGGUUCUGGGAACGUCAGGGUAUGAUUAUUACCAUGCGGAUGACCUGGAGCUUCUUGCUAGGUGCCAUGAACACUUGAUGCAGUUUGGGAAAGGGAAGUCCUGUUACUAUCGGUUCCUGACCAAAGGCCAGCAGUGGAUAUGGCUGCAGACACACUACUACAUCACCUACCACCAGUGGAAUUCCAAGCCCGAGUUCAUCGUUUGCACUCACCUGGUAGUCAGUUAUGCAGAAGUUCGAGCUGAAAGGAGGCGAGAUCUUGGCCUUGAGGAGUCAUCAAUUGAACUGGCAUCCUCUUCUCUAAAGAGCCACAGCAGCUACCUGGAGGUGGGGCAGUGCGGCAGCAGCCAGGGUGCCAGCCGGGAGGGAGUGUCCCUGUCGUCCCACAGCUCCCGCCGCUCCUCGCACACCGCCCUCUCCGACUCCGCCUCCACGUCGUCCAUGCGGCACACGGACACCAGCACGCCCACGCGGCCCUCGCUGCCGGGGGGGCAGGUGGAGAAGGCAGUUCUGCGGUUGGCAUCCACUGGAAGUGCCCAGGUUGGUGGUCCUGGCCAGCAAAAGCCUUUCUGCUGCGGUAAAGAAAUGAGUUGGAGAGCCCUCAGAGAGGCUGGGUCCUCACCUCAGAGUGCCAUAGGAACUCCUCAAGCUCCUGCGGAACACCUCCCUCAGCACCCAGUGGCUCAGCCGGCAGCCCCCUCUCAGCACACUGUGAUGCCAGUGUACCACUUCCCAGCCCAGCUGGGGAUGAUGCAUCAGCUGAAAGAGCAGCUGGAGGAGAGGACUCGCAUACUGCAAGCUGACAUCAAGACGCAGCAAGAAGAGCUCCACGUCAUCAAGGAGCAGCUCCAGCUAGUGCAGGACUCCAACCUGCAGAUGCUGAUGCAGCAGCCCAUCCCCGUCGUCUUCAACAGCGUGCAGCACGCGAGCCCCAGGAGGCCAGCGCCGGGGACAGCCAGGCAGAACGCAGCCAAGAAGUCCCAGCAGCAGGGGCUCCUGGGGACGAAGCACUACUGCAGCACCCCCCUGCCAUCGCUGCGCCACCUCCUCAGGGAGCCCUGCGGCACGGCCACCCAGGUACAGCAGCAGCAGCACCUCAUGAGAGGAAACCAAGCCCAGCAAACGUGUCAGCCAGGGCAGACGAGCAUUUCAAUGUCCCUCUACAACAACCCCGUGGUGUUUUCACAAACACAUCCCAUCACGGUGGCUGCACAGAUGCCAAGUGACAGCAGUGACAGGCAACCACAGGCUGACUGCAGCCAGGACAGGAGCCUCAGGUUUGUUGCAGAGCAGAUCUUGCCUCCCCCAGUGCAGAUGCAGCCGGUGACCUGCAGCACUGUCCGACCUCCAGCCCCACCACCUGUUUUCUCCCCAUCCCUGAUGAUCCCACACACCAGCUUCACAUCCCACCAGGCAAGCACACCGGUUCACCUCCACCAGUGGCCACAGCAGCAGGGUCAGCAGCACCGUCUCUACCUUCAGAUGCCAGGCCCGGAGGCGGCACCCGGGGCCCCACCGGCACGCCUUUUCCAGCCCCCCGCCCCGGGGCAGCAGAACCCCCUGAGC